AUGGCUCCAGCUUCUGGUGAAGUUGAAGUUGAAGUUGAGAGCAUUUCUCCAUAUGGAGUUGCUCGCACCACAGUCGACGAUAAACCACUUUCAGCCGACGAACUCAAGAAAUAUGAUGCGUACUUCCGUGGCUGUAUGUAUUUAUGUCUUGGCAUGCUUUACCUUCGAGAAAACGCCUUACUCAAAGAGCCACUCAAAAAAGAACAUCUUAAAGCUCGACUUUUAGGUCAUUGGGGUUCCGAUGCUGGUCAAGCUUUCACAUAUCUUCAUAUGAAUCGACUCAUUAAGAAGUACGACCUGGAUGCAUUAUUUGUAUCUGGCCCAGGUCAUGGAGCUCCAGCUGUACUUUCAAAUGCUUAUUUGGAGGGUACUUACUCUGAAGUUUACCCUGAUAAGGCAGAGGAUGAGGAGGGAAUGCGAAAAUUCUUCAAGCAGUUCUCUUUCCCUGGUGGAAUUGGUAGUCAUGCUACUCCAGAAACACCAGGUAGUAUUCAUGAGGGAGGAGAGCUUGGGUACUCUAUCUCACAUGCCUUUGGUACCGUCUUCGAUCAUCCCAACUUGAUCACAUUGACGAUGGUUGGUGAUGGUGAGGCAGAAACUGGACCUUUAGCCACAGCAUGGCAUUCAAACAAAUUUCUCAAUCCGAUUACGGAUGGUGCUGUACUCCCAGUUUUGCAUCUCAACGGUUACAAGAUCAAUAACCCUACGAUCCUUGCUCGUAUCAGUCACAAAGAGCUGGAAGCUUUAUUCGUUGGAUAUGGAUGGACACCAUAUUUUGUGGAGGGAAGUGAUCUGGAGAGCAUGCAUCAAGCUAUGGCGGGGACUCUGGAACGUUGCGUGCUAGAAAUACGCAAGUACCAGAAGGAAGCACGUGAGACUGGUAAAGCAAUCCGACCACGCUGGCCCAUGAUUGUUCUUCGAAGUCCUAAAGGCUGGACAGGCCCACGAAAGGUCGAUGACAAGUUACUUGAGGGCUUCUGGCGCGCGCAUCAAAUCCCACUUCCCAAUGUUGCAAGUAAUCCCGAACAUUUGAAUCUUUUGGAGUCUUGGAUGCGCAGCUACAAACCGGAAGAGAUCUUCGACAAGCAGGGUAGACUUUUUCCCGAGCUUAAAGAACUGGCUCCUGUCAGCAAUGCCCGUAUGAGCGCAAAUCCUGUCGGUAACGGUGGUAUCCUCCGAAAACCACUCGAUAUGCCAGACUUCCGCAAGUACGCAUUCGAGAACAUCGAAGCUGGUGUCAGCAAUCUUCCCAGUAUGUCUAACAUGGCCAAAUUUCUACGCGAUGUAGUUGCCAAUAAUAUGCACACUUUUCGUCUCUUUGGACCUGACGAAACCGAGUCAAAUAAACUCGGCGAGGUUUACAAGGCUGGCAAGAAGGUUUGGAUGGGUGAAAACUUUGAAGAGGAUGCUGAUGGUGGAAAUCUUGCUACCGAAGGUCGUGUCAUGGAAAUGCUUAGUGAGCACACUGUCGAGGGCUGGUUGGAGGGAUAUGUUCUGUCGGGUCGACAUGGCUUACUCAACAGUUAUGAGCCAUUUAUCCACGUUAUCGAUUCUAUGGUUAAUCAACAUUGCAAAUGGAUCGAGAAGUGCAACGAAGUCGAAUGGCGUGUAAAGAUGGCUUCUCUCAAUAUCCUCUUAACAGCCACUGUCUGGAGACAGGAUCACAAUGGCUUCACCCAUCAAGAUCCCGGUUUCCUCGACGUCGUCGCCAAUAAGAGUCCUGAAGUUGUACGCAUUUACCUCCCACCCGACGGAAACUGUCUUCUUUCCUGCAUGGACCACUGCCUUCGCAGUACAAACUACGUCAACGUCAUCGUCGCCGACAAACAAGACCAUCUUCAAUUCCUCAACAUGGAAGAUGCUCUCGCCCAUUGCGAAAAGGGUCUUGGAAUCUGGGACUGGGCAUCCAAUGACCAAGGCAUCGAGCCCGAUCUUGUCAUGGCCACAUGCGGUGACGUACCUACCCAUGAAUCUCUCGCUGCUACCGCACUCCUUCGAGACCUUAUCCCAGAUUUAAAGAUCCGUUUUGUAAAUGUGGUUGACUUAUUCAAAUUAAUCCACCACGGUGAUCAUCCCCACGGUAUCACUGACGCAGAAUGGAUAUCAAUCUUCACCUCCAACAAACCCAUCAUCUUCAAUUUCCAUUCCUACCCAUGGCUCGUCCACCGUCUUACCUACAAACGACCCGGCCAAGCCAACAUUCACGUUCGUGGCUACAAGGAAAAGGGUAACAUCGACACUCCAUUAGAGUUGGCGAUUAGGAAUCAAACGGAUCGAUAUAGUUUGGCCAUGGAUGCCAUAGAUAGGGUGGAGAGAUUGGGUAAUACGGCAGCGGGCGUGAGGGAAAAAUUGUUGAAUAUGCAAAUUAAGGCGAGGAGUGAUGCUUUUGAAAAUGGUAUUGAUCCGAUCUUUAUUAGGGAGUGGACGUGGCCGUUUCAGAAGGGUGGGAAGGAUGAGUUGAUGUUGCAGUGA